AGGUCAAAUCCGAGAAUACCUACUCGGGUCAAAUCUUAGUUAAAUCCCUCAAAUCAAAUUCUAACCAAGAACCAAGGUCGACCCAAUAUCCAACUAACUAUGCCUUUUUCUCUUCUUACUUUUGUCAUCUGAAAAUAAGUUUCUACAUUUUGAAUAAUUGUUUUAUUAAAAAGAAAAGACAAAGUUGGUUGGUUAGGGUUCCGGGUUUUCUUACAAAAAUCUUUAGAAAAAUGAAAAACUAUGUAAAACAAAUUGUUGAGCUAACUAAGAGCAAUGUCUAUAUUAGAGAUCCCGACAAAGUGAAUGAAACGAUAGAGAGAUUGAUUGAUGGUGGUUGUGAUAAGCUUCAGGUUGUGUCAGAUUUUGACAAGACUAUAACCAAACAACAUGAAAAUGGCAAAAUAUAUGCCAGUAGUUUUGCUAUGUUCAGUAAAUGCCCAUCUGUAACCCAAGAACAUAUUAGAAUUAAAGAUGACCUAACUAAGAAGUAUGCCCCCAUUGAGGUUGAUCCACAUAUUCCAUUGGAAGAAAAGACGAAAUUGAUGCAGGAAUGGUGGAGCUUAUCAGAAGAUUCAUUGAAAGGCUUGAAAGUGAGCACUGAAGAGAUUGGAAAAGUUUGCGCUCUGCUUUGUCCAUCUUUGAGAACUGGAACAAAUGAAUUUUUUAAAAAGUUACACGAAGCCAAUGUACCAGUUUUGGUUUUUUCAGCAGGAUUGGGAGACACCGUUGUAGCUGUACUGAAGCAUUGCGAAGUGUUGCUUCCCAAUGUCGAGGUAGUGUCUAAUUUCCUAAAGUACGACAAUGAUGGUAAAAUUUUAGGUUUUAGAAAUGACCUUAUUCACGUUUUCAACAAAAACGAGUUUGCAAUAAAGGGUACGCAAUUUUAUAAUAAAGUGGCAAACAGAAACAAUGUUAUUUUACUGGGAGACUCAUUGGGAGAUGCCACGAUGGCGGAAGGAAUGGAACAUUUGGAGACCGUCUUGAAAAUUGGAUUCCUGUAUGAAAGGAGUGAGGAAGCUCUUCCUAGUUAUAUGGAAACUUUUGACAUUGUUUUGCGAGACGAUCAAACAAUGGAUGUUCCAAAGGCAAUCUUCAAUAUUAUUGCAGUUCCAAAUGCUGGGUCAGAAUUGGGUUCAAAAUAGCGAUUUGAAAAUGUUUAUAGUUCGAAAUACAAACUGUUUGAAACACAGCACAAAAUCGACAACAGUUUUUUCUAGUGUUUGGUGGAAUUCUGUUUUUAUUUAUUUUAUUUGUGAUAAAAUAUAUGUUAUAUUGGUAAUGCACACUAAUAACCCUUUCACAACAAAUGAUGGAAUUAUGGGAGGAUGUGAUAACUUUAUUUUUGUGAAAAUGUUUUAAAAAUUCUGGAAUACAAACAAUUUUUUGUCAAGAAGUACUAUAUUCUCCUGGGUGGUCCAUUUUUUUAUAAACCAUCAUUACCAAACCCAGUAUGAAAGACGAAACUUUUCUUGAAUAUUGAUUAUUAGCAUUAUAGAUGAGAUGAGAGGGAAAAGACAUUAUUUGUGGGGUUAUUAGUAUGCAUGUUAAACAACAUUACAUAAAUCUCACUUGACAUGAAAAAUGUCAUUUUUUAUUGCACAAUUCAGUUUUAGGAAAAUAUUUUGUAUUGAUAUUAUUUUUUUUUUGGAAUUUUCGUCAUGGGUUUUUCAAUAUUUAUCACAUGCUCGUUUUGAAUAGUAGACCUGUUGGUGACUAGUUGUUUCUGUGAAUAUUAAAUUUAUAUUUUAUUA